AGUAUUGAUAGCGUAUUUCGAUAUUUAUUACUUAUUCAAAAAAAGAAAUACGCAGCAUUAGAAAUGAACAAAUUACCAAACGGACAAAUAGAAUUAUCACUAAUUUAUAAAGGUUUAUUAAUAGCACGGAGAGAUUGGUGUCCAUUGUCUGUUCAAAUUGGAAAAGAUAUAUUGCACAUUAUUUUGUCUGAUGCAUCGAUUCAAACGAAAAAUAAUUCCAUUCAUGAAUUGUUCAAAAAUAUUUCAAAAAUGAUCAGGGAAAAUAAUAUACCCGUGUCAUCUUUUUUAAUAUCUAAAAACUUAUCGAGAAAUCUUAAUAAUUAUCAGGAUAAUAAUCAGCUACAUAUACAGGUAGCUAGAAGAUUAAAUGAAAGAAGUGGAAGAAUAUGGAAAGUUGGUGAUACUGUGUCUUACGUGAUAUGCAAGGACGAAUCAAAUGUCCAGAAAUCAUAUGAUAUAAAUGAAUUUAAAGAGGACAAAUCUUUAAAGAUUGAUAUCAAUUAUUAUUUAACGAAACAAUUUUUACCUGUUUUAUCAACAAUUUGUGAACCAAUUAUGAAAAUAGACAAGAAGUUAAUUGAAAAUUUAGUAAAGGAAGAGAUAGAAACAGAGACAUCAAAAAACAUUGAAGGAAAAACCGUAACCCAAGGCGAAUUAAAUCAUUGCAAAGCUUUUACAUUUAAAUGCCGAAAUUGUAAAACUGAUAUUACAAUUACAAAUAUUUUGUCUAAUUCUUCUAAUGAUUGUCAACUAUUUUUACAAACUACUUGUUCGAAUGAUAAAUGUAAAACUCCUUUAUGGAAAAAUGCUAGAACUAUAGCUGAUGAAUUGCAACUUAGUAUAAAAAAGGCUAUAGAUAUGUAUGAUUUGAGUGGUUUUAAAUGUGAGAAUCCUAAAUGUAAUUAUGAAACUAAAUGGCCUCCAUUAGAUUCAUCGACGAAACUCGAGUGUAAAAUUUGUAAAAAAUCUUAUUUAUCUAGAAAAUAUACUAAAUUAAAUUUGCAAGAUCAAAUAAAUUUCUAUCGUGAUAUCUUUGAUCUCAGUAAAUUACAAAAUGAAUCUUUGGUGAAUACUUGCUCUCAAGAAGUAAUAUCAACUUAUAAUAUGCUUAAGGAUAAUGUUAAUAAAUAUGUUGAAAUAUAUUCCAACUCGAUUGUGAGUCUCGAUCAAUUGUUUCGUUAUAAGUUUAAAAAACAUUCAGAGAAUAAUAUAGAUUUUAAUAUUUCUUUCAAUGAUUAUAUUCAUGCGGAGGAUGAUAAAUAAAUGGAAAUGUAUUUCGUUAACACGUUAAGUACUAGUCAAUGUAUGGGGCCUUUGUAAUUAUAUUUAUUUAUAAUUACAUAAAGUACUUGUA